AGAGAGAAACUUGUCCCUGUUCCUUUUUCUGGUAUUGUUAUUCUAUUCAUUUUGGCAUUGGUUUAUUCAAUUGCUUACUCAUCCUCAACUUUCGAUUAUGUUGAUUACACUAUUACUACUUUUUCCACUAACUCUCUCUCAUUUCUUCCCCAAAUGGCCUGCCCUAUCACCGCCACCGCCACCGCCAAUUCCAAUUCCAAACAAACUCUAAUUUCUCAAUCGGAGAUCCAAUCGGAGUUCUCGCACCACGACCCUACCAUCGCCCGCGUCAACAACGGCAGCUUCGGCUGCUGCCCCGCCUCCAUCAUCGCCGCCCAGCACCGCCACCAGCUCCUCUUCCUCCGCCAGCCCGAUCAUUUCUACUACAACACUCUCAAGCCUUCCAUCCUCCAAACGCGCCUCCUCAUCCAGAACCUCAUCAACGCCGAUCACGUCGACGAAGUCUCCAUCGUCGACAACGCCACCACCGCCGCCGCCAUCGUCCUCCAGCACACCGCUAGGGCUUUCACCUCCUCCGCCUUCCAGCCCGGCGACGCCGUCAUCCUCCUCCACUACGCCUACGGCGCCGUUAAGAAAUCCGUCCACGCCUACAUUUCCCGCACCGGCGGCCACGUCAUCGAGGUCCACCUCCCUUUCCCUGUUAAAUCUAGCUCCGAAAUUGUUUCUGAAUUCGAAAAGGCGCUUCGAUUGGGGAAAGCCAAUGGUAGGAAGAUUAGGUUGGCUAUUAUUGAUCACAUUACAUCGAUGCCUUGUGUUAUCAUACCUAUCAUAGAGCUAGUUAAAAUGUGUAGAGAUGAAGGUGUUGAUAGGAUAUUUGUCGAUGGCGCCCACGCGAUUGGGAACGUUGAGAUAGAUGUCAAAAGCAUCGGUGCUGACUUUUACACUAGUAAUAUGCACAAGUGGUUGUUUUGCCCUCCCUCGGCCGCCUUCUUGUACUGCAAAAUGUCCGAUGAAUUGUCGGACUUGCACCACCCUGUUGUCUCCCAUGAGUAUGGCAAUGGUUUAGCAAUGGAGAGUUCGUGGACUGGGACAAGAGAUAACAGUGCUCAGCUCGUCUUGCCGGAGGUGAUGGAGUUUCUUAAUAGGUUCGAGGGCGGGCUUCAGGGGAUAAUGACGAGGAAUCAUGAGAAUGUGGUAGAGAUGGCAAAGAUGUUGGUCGAGGCAUGGGGGACAGAGUUGGGGGCACCCCCAGAGUUAUGCUCUAGUAUGGCUAUGGUGGGGAUGCCGGCUUGCUUGGGAAUUAAGAGUGGUGCAGAUGGAUUGAGGUUGAGGAAGCACUUGAGAGAGUGUUUUAAGGUUGAGGUGCCCAUUUACUAUAGGGAACCGUUGGAGGGAGAGGUUGACCCAGUAACAGGGUAUGCAAGGAUUUCUCACCAGGUUUACAAUGUAGCUGGGGAUUAUUAUAGACUUAGGGAUGCAGUGAAUACAUUAGUCAAAGAAGGGCUUACGUGUGCACUUCUUCUCAAAUGAGAAGCUAGCAGGGAAUAAGAUGAAGUUGAUGAGCAUGAAUAGCAACUGUGCGUUCCUCAUGAGCUGAGAAUAGUGAUAUGAUUGGCCAUUUCGAACUAGAGGAGCAAGGAAAUGAUCAUUUCCCUACAGCUUCUGUGAAAAAAUAAUGUAGUCUUUCAUGAUCAUUAUUUUGUGAGGAAUGUUGUAAGCAGUUUGAUUUUAUUUGACAGCUUCACAUUGUAUUGGUAACACUCUUUCAUAAUUUUAUCACUGCCUUUGAUAUUUA